AUGAUUUUUUUAAGUUACACAGCAUACUUUAUUUAUUCCUGCUUGAUGCUUACUAUAAGGCAUGUAUUAGCUUAUUAGGAGGUCAUUUAUAAAAGCUUAGGUUCCACUUCAAACUGUAUUUCAGAUUAGCAAAACAUGUGGCAAACUAUUGGAGCAAGUUACAUAAAUUAAUGUUCUAUUAAUUGUAUACAAGUAGACACUGGUUCUUUUUCAGCUCUUUUAGUCUCAUCUGAUUCUAACUCUGGAAUAUAAAUUUUGGUUCCAACCACAUUAUUAACUAAUCCCUAUUCUAUUAUUGGUGUUGAUCUUAUUUACAAAGAGGGAGCCAAUAACUAGCUUAGAUUAAAUCUAAACGACUAGGCAUCUACAGUUUUGACUGUAUAAUCUCCUACUAUUUAUGAAUAGUAAAAUUAAAUUACUUGCUCUUCAACCUUAUAUCAAUUUUAUAAGGCUUCCCUCAUAUUUUAAGGAACAAUAUCAAGUUCUACAUUUUUCGUCUCAUUAGAUUAGAAUUAGGUAGAUUUUGCUAUUAAAUAAAUAAGAAUAUGGACUAACUGUUGCUAAAACUGCUUAUAAUGUUCCAGUAGCACUACAUGCCUUACUUGUAUGCCAGGAUUUAGCAUAUAUACUUUCCCAACUGGUGAAUAAGUUUGUUAAUAGACUUCUGGUUGCACUACAGUUAAUUGUUACUCAUGCGCUUAGCUUAAUGGGUAAGAGGUUUGCAUUAGUUGUUAACCUGGCUAUUAUUUAGACACUAGUAAUCUAUGUUAAACAAACGAUAUGAAUGGAAUCUGCAGCGGACAAGCUUAGUACUUAGAAUAAUCAAGUCAAGUAUGUUAAAGCUAUAGUUCGAAUUGCUGGUAUCAAAUAUCUUUAACAAAUUAAUGGAUUGCUUGUGGAAGCUUAGAAAACUAUUAAAAUUACAAAUGCCCAUUUAAUAAAUAGGUUCUUGUUUACUAUUACUAGAAUUAUGGAAUUUAUUAGUGUUCUUGCUUGAUAAGUAAUUGUGAGUAUUGUACCCAAUAAAGUGGAUGUACUCAAUGCUAAUCUGGGUAUAAUUUUGAUGCAAGUACUAAUACAUGUGAUCUCAACUGUUCUAGUAGUUAAUAUUUUGACUCCUCUACUCGUACUUGUGUUAACUGUGGAUAAAAUUGCUAAAUUUGUAAUAGUUCAGGUUGUCUAACUUGUAAUAAUUCUAAUUACUAUAUCAAUUCUUCAUCCCCUCAAGACUGUUAAUUAUGUACUAUUUAAAAUUGUUAAGGGUGCUUAGGAGAUGGAACUUGCUAAUCUUGCUAAAAUGGAUUUUAAUUAAGCCAAGACAAAUCUACAUGCAAUAUAAUUUGUAAUGUGUAGAACUGUUAAACAUGUAAUCCUCAGAAUGGAUAAAUAUGCACAACUUGCUUAACUAAUUAUCAGCUAAGCUCUGACUAAUCUACAUGUUUUUGUUAAGUUAGUAAUUGCAAUUAAUGCUAGACAAAUGAUGGCUUAAAAUGCUAAAUUUGCUAAACAGGUUAUAUCCUAAAUGCGAGCACUUUACAGUGUGACUGUACUGUAGCAAAUUGUUAAAGUUGUAAUUCAUCUAAUGGAACAUUAUGUGACACAUGCAUUACUAACUACCUGCUGAGUUAAGAUAAAUAAAAAUGUAGCUGUUAAGUUAUUAAUUGUUAGAGCUGUUAAUAUAAUGAUGGCAACAUAUGUUCUAGCUGUAUUAGUGGAUAUGUUCUUAACCCAAAUAAAAACCAAUGUAAUUGUGCUGUUUAAAAUUGUUAAAAUUGUAAUGCUUCUAAUGGUGCUCUAUGCGAUAGCUGUGCUUAAAAUUAUUUACUUAGUUCAGAUAAAACAAGUUGCUCUUGCUAAGUUUAUGGUUGUUAAACCUGCUAAGCAAAUAAUGGAUUGGCAUGUUAAACUUGCAACUCAGAUUAUUUUUUAAAUUCAACUAAUAAGUAAUGCAACUGUGCAGCAAAUCACUGUCAAGUUUGUGAUCCAUAAUAUGGUACAGUUUGCUUAACUUGUGUUACAAAUUUUAUUUUAACUUAACAAAGACUUUGCUAUUGUGCUGUUAGAAGUUGUAGAGUCUGCAAUUAAGAUAAUGGAGCUUAAUGCUCAAUGUGUUCUCCUGGAUACUUACUUAACAGUACUACAUUUUAAUGCGACUGCUAAAUCUAAAACUGCUAAACGUGCAAUGUAACAAAUGGAACAUUAUGCUAAACUUGUGUUAAUAACUAUUUACUAAGUACUGAUUAGACAAAAUGUUCUUGCUAAGUGGCUAAUUGCCUAUAAUGUAGUCCAUAAGAUGGAUCUAAGUGUUAAGUGUGCUAAAAUAACUUUUUAUUAAGUACUGAUCAAACAAAAUGCACUUGCCAAGUAGCUAACUGCUCAUAAUGUACUAGCUAAGAUGGAAAUAUUUGCUAAACAUGUGUAACAAAUUACUUACUAGGUCCGAAUUCUAAGAGCUGCAAUUGCUAAGUUCAAAACUGCUUAAAAUGCAACAGUUAAGAUGGAUCGAUCUGUUAAACUUGUGUAAAUAAUUAUCUAUUAAGUUAGAAUUUUAAAAGUUGUUCUUGUUAAGUUGCUAAUUGCUCUUAAUGUAGUUAACUAGAUGGAUUAAAAUGUAGUAUAUGCUAAAAUAAUUACUUACUAAGUUCUGAUUAAACAAAAUGUAGCUGCUAAGUCGCAAACUGCUCUAAAUGCAGUAUCUCAAAUGGUAGUGUUUGUUAAACUUGUGCUACUAAUUACUUAUUGAGUAGUAACUCUAUGAGUUGCACCUGUUAAGUUGCUAACUGCUCUCAAUGCAUUUCAAACGAUGGAACUAAAUGUCAAGUUUGCUAAACUGGGUAUGUUCUAAACUAAAGUAGUUACACUUGCUCUUGUUCAGAUUAAAACUGUCUAUCUUGUAGUCUUUUAGAUGGGAGUAUUUGCUUAUAAUGUCCUUCUGGAUAUACUUUAGAGGCUUAAACAAAUAGUUGCAAAUUAACUGCAUGCCAAGUUUAAAACUGUUAAACUUGCUAAGUAAAUAAUGUUUAUGGUUGCUCAUAAUGCAAUCAUAAUUUUUACUUAAAUAAGAAUUAAACCAGCUGUCUUUAAUGUUCUGUAUUUAAUUGUAACACAUGCAUAUAAGCAGACUUUUAAUAAUGUUUUAUUUGUAAUUAAGGAUUUUAAAUAGAUUAAAAUAAUUAGUGUCAAAUAAUUAGUAACAAUAAUCAAUAUACGGUUAACCCAAUAGCAUCUCUAAUAGGAUAUUCUGUCAAAAUUUAAUUUUAGAGAGACUUAGUUAAUGUCAGCGUGAACUAAGACAUUCAAGAUUUAACCAUUUAAAUUCCUGGAUAUUCUAAGUAUAACUAUACAGUAAUUGUAUCAAGCAUUAAUUAAAUAACAAUAAAUAUCAACUGUUUUGAAAAUAUUAAAAAUGCAAAUAUUUUCAUCAACUUUCAACUAAGUUAGCUUGUAUCUUAAAACAGUAUCAGUAAUUUGUCCUAUAAUACUUAAUUACCCGCUUUUGUUAUAGUAUCAUAAUAAGUUUAACAGACUGUAGCUUAAAUUUCCUCAGCCACUUAAGCAGCAUCAAAAACAAUUGUUUCAAGCUACUUGCCAAUUGCAUUUUUUGGAAACUUUUAUUUCCUAGUGAAUAUGAUUGAUCUAACUAACUUCUUAUAUUAUUUACUUUUUCUUGAUAUCAGAUACCCUAUUAAUGUUACUGAUUUUUAUGGAUUAUUCAAAGACUUUUAAUUUCCAUUUGUUCCUAAUUUAUUCACCUAUCUGUAUGACCCUUCUUACAAUCCAAGGAGCCCUUAAAAAUUUAUGGAUAUGGGAACAAAUAGCUAUCUAAUAAGUAAUUCAGGUUAAGCAAUAUGCAUAUGCUUUUACAUAUUUAGCGUAUAUAUUUUAGCAAAAUUAGCUCAUAGAAUUAUUAAAAUUAGAAGAGUUCAUGCCUAUCUGACCAGAGUUCUUUAUGAAACAUGGGAAUUUAGCUCCUUUUUUGAUAUGAUGUCAGCUGAAUAUGUUUAUAUAUUAAUUGGUUGUUUGCUUUAAUCUCUUAAUUUUGAUACUUCUGAUAAAAAUUCUUACAUAGUGAAUUAUAUGCUUUAUGCUUUCUUUAUGCCUUUCUGUAUCAUUUGGCCAAUAUUUAUUUUAGCAUUUUUAUACAAACAGAAGAACUUGAAAUCAAAUGAGUACCUACUUACUAAAUUACAAUCAUUCUUAGGAGGUUUGAGAAUUGAGAAUGAAAAUCCUUACUUUGAUUAAAAUAUUAAAGAAAAAGAAGAUUAAAAACAGAGCUAAAAUAAUACUCAAUAGUCAAAAGAGAAUCAUCAUAAAAAUAUUUUCCAACACUUAGAAAGCGAACAUAUAAAAUAAAGCCCAAAACCAAAUGAAAUUAUUCAAGAAUUAGCUGAAGAAGAAUAAAUGGCUAGCCCUGAAGUAAUAAAGAAAAAAUAAUUAUCAAACGAGAUACAUUAAUAGAAAGUUAUACAUUUAAGAUAAAUAAGUGAAAUGACUAAUAUUUCAUCAAAAGCUAGAGAAUUAGAUUUAAUCACAUACUUAUAAAUAGAUAUAAGAUCUAAAAGAUAAAAGCUGAUUGCAAAGUAUUCUAAACUAUUUAGUUCAUUUCUAUAUAUUAGAAAAAUUUUAUUUUCUUUUAUUAUAGUCUUACUGCAUGGCUAUUGUUACCUUUAGAUUUCAUUAAUCUCUUUUUUAAAUUUAGUUGUAAUUUUUUUGAUUGCAUAUAUUUAACCUUAUGAUUGUCUCUCUGAAAAUAUAAAAAAUGCCUCAAGCGAAGUAAUACUUAUUGCUAUUCAAAUGUGUGCUGCAACUUUAGUUGAAGAUAGUUAAGAUGAUAAUGAGGAGAGAAGAAUUAAUGUAGGAUGGGCUAUAGUGUGUCUCAGUGCUUUUGCGCUAUUAUGGAAUACAUUAGUUCUUGCCAAAGAGACAGUUGUUUCUUUUUAUCAAUCUUUUAAGAAAUUGCUUCUUACUUAAGAAUCUGAAUAAUAAAAAAACUAAAUCUACCCAAUUACCAAUCAAAUGGAGAUCUAAAAAAGUAAUCUAUAAAAUGAAAACUAAAACAAAUUUUUAGAUGAUUAUCAUAAAAAGCAUAUUAAUUCAAAAGUUAUAUAAAAUGAUGUGGCUUUAAAAAGAAAAAGAUCCUCUUUUUCAAGUUAUAGGAAUUAAUUAAAUUCUAUUGUUUCAGAUACUUUGAUUCCGUAUCCAUAAAGUUAAGUGAUGACACCUUCUUCAUUAGGAUCAUUUGCAAUUAACACGGAGCGUAUAGAUUAAAAAAUAAUGUAAGCAAAAGAAAUUGAUGAAAAACAUAACAUUUAAAAUUGUAAAACUGAAAUAGUCUCUGUCGAAAAUAAUUUUAUUGAUGAUUUUAAUUACACAAGUUUCUCUCCUAAAAUUAGCUUUGUUGAUUCUAGCCAUGCUAUUAAAUUAAAUAAAGUCAUACAAAAUAAUUUAAAUUAAUCUGGAUCAAUAAUUUAAAAAAGAAGAAGAAGAUCUACUAAUUUCAAAAAAGAUGAUAUUUCAUUUUUACUUAAUUAAAAAUCUAAUAAAGUUAAUGAAUCCAAGAAUUCUUCAGGAAAUUCUCCUGAGAAUAAUUUAGAUUUGUAACCUCAAUAAAACAAAAAAUCCAGUUUUUCUGAAUAUUCUAACAAUAAAUCUAUUAAAAAUACAAAUUAAAUUGAUGGCGAUUUAUAAAAUAAAGAAAUAAAAUUUAUAAAUAAUUAAAAAUCAGACUAAAAAAAUUAAAAUUGA